UAAGCUAAGCAUACUGGAAUACCGAGAGCACAGAUUGGCUGUGAAACAAGUCAAGAACCCAUGGGUACCAUGAAGAUAACAGGUGCCUUUGUGCUUCUCACCCUGGCAGUUCUUUGCUUAACAAAUGCUGCCAAAGAGAAUGAGUUGCAGGUGGACUGCAGUGAAUACAGUCGGUUAGAGAGAGGAAGACCUAUUUACUGUGAAAGACUCUAUCAACCCUUCUGUGGCUCUGAUGGGAAAACAUAUAACAACAAAUGUUCUUUCUGCAAAGCAGUGCUGAAAAGCAGAGGUACCUUACAAAUGAAGCAAGCAGGGGCAUGCUGAAUGAGUUCUGCAUGCUGGAGAAGAGUGCUGAGAACAGCUUUACACUGCCUUAUCACAAUCUCUUAAUUUAAUUUCAUUCAUCCUGCCUGUUCUGGUGAUGGUGAACAAAGCACACAGUAGCUUUUUCAGCUGUGCUCUGCCAUUUGCUGCUUCUCUCUGCUCCCAAGUAUUGGGAUUGACACUUCUGUCCUCCCUGCAAAGCACCUCCUCAGGAUUCCUGUUUCUGUAGCAAGCUGGUUUUCACAAGCCCUAUUCUUCUAAGAAUGCCACCUGAUCUUAGUGGUCAUGUCAGUGCAGGCAUUGCCUCUGUUUUCCUUGUUGAAGUGUUUUCUUCCAUUUACUCAAACUUUUGCAGAUGCUUUUUUUUUCCAAAGGCUCCAGCUUUUCCAGGUAGUGCUUUGGUUCUACCAGGUUUGCAGAUAAAAUUU